GACCAGGUUAUAAGGAUCCGCACGUCUACUUUAUGUCUGGAUUUAUGCAUAAACGGAUCCGCUUCUAUUCUGAAUAGACAUGUGCCGUAUCAAAGAACUCGUCCUGCUAGGUCCCCACAUAUGCUCCCCGGUCCUUGAUAUCCCCCACCACCUUGCACGCCAGAAUGUAUGGGUUCCAAGGCCAACAGACUCAGAGACGCCCGAGUGGUGCUCCCGCUCCUGAUUCUCAGCAGCCAGCACUGGUAGGGGCAGGAGAAGCAUAUCCUCAAUAUAAUAUACCCCAGGUCGCCGGGAAAGUGUUGUAUCAGCCGCCUCAACACGAUCCAUACUUCAGUGGUAAUGUACCUCGAUUUGAGAUGUCAGGCAAUGGACAGCACGGUGACCACAACACCAGCGGCGCAUUCGCUGGGGGACCUAUCCAUCCCCGUAUCCUUUUGUCGGUGCACACCAGAGACCCGUCCAGUCCAUGCGAGGACUCGGGUAGUGAGGCAUCUUCGCGGGCACCAUCUGUUGUUCCUGGAAGCGAGGAGUAUCAAGCUAUGAUGCUAUAUUCAAUGGGUCGACAGCCUGCCACUCACCUUCCGCACAUGAACCAGAACGUGAAUAGGCGAAAUGGGGCACUUGAGCAGUCGCCAAAUUUGAAUGAGACCGUUGCAUAUCUUGUCACAGAGGUCAAACGACUGACCGAACACGCACAGCACACCGAUAAGGAGCUCGUUCUACAAAAGAAUGAUUAA